AUGAAUAAUGACAAAGAAAAAUUCAUCACAUUCACUGAAAGAGAAGGUUUUAAUAAAGAUCAAACACUUAAAAGCCGUUUAUAUCAAUAUCCUUUUUAUGGAUAUUCAUUACUUGAAUUAUGCUGUUACCACGGAGCAGUUGAUUGUUUCAAGUUAUUAAGAACAAAAUUUAACUCAGAAAUAACUGAUACAUGUCUAGAAUUAUCAUUUUUAGGAGGAAAUCCAGAGAUCAUGAGUGAAUGUUUGAAAUAUAAAAAACCAAAUUGUAAGUGCAUGAGAAAUGCAAUUAUUUCACACAACAUUGAUUUUGUUACAUUCUUGAUGAAUGAGUACAAUAUGAAGAUCGAUUUAGAAUAUUGUGGAAAAUAUAAAAAUCUUGAAUCCUUUUUAGUUUAUUUCGAUCAAACUAAUGAUAUAAACAAAUGCUUUGUUUAUUCACCGAUUUUAAAUAUUUCAUCCCUUUUGGAAUACUUCCUUUCACAUGGUGCAAAUAUCAAUAGAAAAGAUAACUUUAGAAGAACCGCACUUCAUUAUGCAGUAGAAUAUAAAAGUAAAGAAACAGCCGAACUUCUUAUUUCACAUGGUGCAAAUAUCAAUGAAAAAGAUAAUAAUGGAAAAACUGCUCUUCAUUAUGCAGUAGAAUAUAAAAGUAAAGAAACAGCCGAACUUCUUAUUUCACAUGGUGCGAAUAUCAAUGAAAAAGAUGAAGAUGGAAGAACUUCACUUUAUAAUGCAGCAAAAUAUAAUGGAAAAGAAACAGCCGAACUUCUUAUUUCACAUGGUGCGAAUAUCAAUGAAAAAAAUAAAUAUGGAAAAACCGCACUUCAUAUUGCAGCAGAAAAUAAUAUUAAAGAAACAGCCGAACUUCUUAUUUCACAUGGUGCGAAUAUCAAUGAAAAAGAUAAUAAUGGAAAAACUGCUCUUCAUUAUGCAGUAGAAUAUAAAAGUAAAGAAACAGCCGAACUUCUUAUUUCACAUGGUGCGAAUAUCAAUGAAAAAGAUAAUAAUGGAAAAACUGCUCUUCAUUAUGCAGUAGAAUAUAAAAGUAAAGAAACAGCCGAACUUCUUAUUUCACAUGGUGCGAAUAUCAAUGAAAAAGAUGAAGAUGGAUGUACUCCACUUCAUAUUGCUGCAAUUGAAAAUAGUAAAGAAACUGCAGAAGUUCUUAUUUCACAUGGUGCGAAUAUCAAUGAAAAAAAUAAAUAUGGAAAAACCGCACUUCAUAUUGCAGCAGAAAAUAAUAUUAAAGAAACAGCCGAACUUCUUAUUUCACAUGGUGCGAAUAUCAAUGAAAAAGAUGAAGAUGGAAGAACUUCACUUUAUAAUGCAGCAAAAUAUAAUGGAAAAGAAACAGCCGAACUUCUUAUUUCACAUGGUGCGAAUAUCAAUGAAAAAGAUAAUAAUGGAAAAACUGCUCUUCAUUAUGCAGCAUGGUAUCAUAGAAAAGAAAUUGCAGAAGUUCUUAUUUCACAUGGCGCAAAUAUCAAUGAAAAAAAUAAAUAUGGAAAAACCGCACUUCAUAUUGCAGCAGAAAAUAAUAUUAAAGAAACAGCCGAACUUCUUAUUUCACAUGGUGCGAAUAUCAAUGAAAAAGAUGAAGAUGGAAGAACUUCACUUUAUAAUGCAGCAAAAUAUAAUGGAAAAGAAACUGCAGAAGUUCUUAUUUCACAUGGUGCGAAUAUCAAUGAAAAAGAUAAUAAUGGAAAAACUGCUCUUCAUUAUGCAGCAUGGUAUCAUAGAAAAGAAAUUGCAGAAGUUCUUAUUUCACAUGGCGCAAAUAUCAAUGAAAAAGAUAAUAAUGGAAAAACCGCACUUCAUAUUGCAAAAAGUUAUAAAAUAAAAAAACAGCCGAACUUCUUAUUUCACAUGGUGCCAUUCGUAAAUGAUUUCACAGGGUAG